GUUGCCGGAACUGCCGCGCCGGGGGCGGGCACCGGCGGGCGCCUAUCAGGCGUGGCACCGGUUGAACGCGCGCAGGAUCCCUCCGCCGGGCCAUGUAGUCCCUCUGCACCGCUCUCCCAGACCGUGCCCGUGUCUCCCCGGCCGCCGUUGCGCCAGGGCCGCAUUUGCGGAAGAGGGCCGGGACAGCGCCCGCCGCGCCAGCUCGACUGUGCCCCGGACUGGGUGCGGGGAGUGCCGGAGACUGGGUACGGAGAGUGCCGGCUAUGAGGAUCACUCCGCACGCGAUGAAGUGUUGCGGCCGCCGUGCGCCAUUUUGGGUCACAGACCUGCGGAGCGGCGGGUGAAAGUGUUUAUCAUGUUGGGCUCUGGGUUCAAGGCCGAGCGCUUGCGAGUCAACCUGCGCCUCGUCAUCAAUCGCCUCAAACUACUGGAGAAAAAAAAGACCGAGUUGGCCCAGAAGGCAAGGAAGGAGAUUGCAGAUUACCUGGCAGCUGGAAAAGAUGAGCGUGCCAGGAUUCGUGUGGAGCACAUCAUCCGUGAAGAUUACCUUGUGGAGGCCAUGGAGAUCCUGGAGCUGUACUGUGAUCUGCUGCUCGCCCGCUUUGGCUUGAUCCAGUCCAUGAAGGAGCUGGACUCUGGCCUGGCAGAGGCAGUAUCAACACUGAUUUGGGCUGCACCACGCCUCCAGUCGGAAGUGGCUGAGUUGAAGAUUGUUGCUGAUCAAUUGUGUGCUAAGUACAGCAAGGAGUAUGGGAAGCUGUGCCGGACAAACCAGAUUGGGACAGUCAACGACAGGCUGAUGCACAAGCUGAGCGUGGAAGCACCACCCAAGAUCCUGGUGGAGAGAUACCUCAUCGAGAUUGCAAAAAACUACAAUGUUCCCUAUGAGCCUGACUCAGUGGUGAUGGCUGAAGCCCCGGCAGGUGGAGAGGCAGAUCUAAUUGAUGUGGGCUUCACGGAUGAUGUGAAGAAGGGUGGCCAUGGAGGGGGCGGAGGUGGUGGAUUUACAGCCCCAAUGAUAGGUCAUGAUGGGUUAGUACCCAUGCCUGUGAUGAUGCCUAUGCCCAUGCCAACAACAAAUCCACCCUUCUCCUAUCCAUCUCCAAAGGGACCGGAGAACUUCAGCGGCCUGCCAGUGGGGACCUACCAGCCUUUCACUAACAUCCACCCACCACCAAUUCCAGCAAACCCACCUACAUAUGAGUCCAUUGAUGAGCCUAACUCUGACAAGGAUGCUGCUGCACUAGUGCCUGGGCCUGAGCCCAAGCCAGAAGCUUCUCCUAAACCAAGAGCUGGAGCUCCUAAUACCUUUGAUAACUUUGUACUGCCUGAAUUGCCAUCUGUGCCAGACACACUGCCAACAGCAUCUGCUGGCGCCAACUCUUCUGCCUCAGAAGACAUUGACUUUGAUGAUCUUUCACGGAGAUUUGAGGAGCUGAAGAAGAAAACGUAAAACUUCCUGGGCUGCAGGAAGGAGGGGAAGGAGCUGUGACAUCUUCUCUCUGAAACAGACUCCCUUUGAAACUGGUUUCCUGUAUUAACCUCCAAUGAACGUGCUCUUCUUUUUGAGCUCUCUUCCUACUGUA